AUGGGCCCUCUUAAAUAUCUGUUUGAAAAGCCAGCACUUACCAGUAAGGUAGCACGUUGGUUACUUUUGCUUUUCGAGUUUGAUAUCAAGUAUGUCACACGAAAAUCUGUAAAAGGGAGAGCGGUAGCAGAGUUCCUGGCAGAUCAUCCUGUGGAAGGACCGGAAGAUGUGGAAUUUAGGUUUCCAGAUGAAAAUGUGAUGGCAACAACCAACGAUGUUUGGACAUUGCAUUUUGACGGGGCUGAGUAUGAGGCUUGUAUUGUGGGAAUGGAAGCUGCAUUGGAAAUCGAGGUGCAAAAGCUGAAAGUAGUCGGAGAUUCUAAUUUGGUGGUAUCACAAGCUAAUGGCAAUUGGAAAGUUAGAGAAGACAAGCUUAAGCCAUAUUAUGAGAACCUUGAAGGUUUGAUUCCGCAAUUUCAAGUAGUAACCUUUACUCAUGUGCCGAGGUUAAAGAAUCGGUUUGCCGAUGCUCUAGCCACUCUAGCAUCCAUGGUAGAAAUACCAAUUGGGGUUAAAAUGCGACCAAUUAUGAUUGAGCAAAGAAGUAAACCCGUUUAUGAGUAUAUUAUGGCAAUUGAUGAGCCAGACGAUGGGUUGCCAUGGUAUCAUGAUAUUUGGAAUUUUAUCGAAAAAGGAGGAUAUCCGCCGGGAACUAACAAGAAAGAUCAGGCCUCCCUUUUGGAAGUUGGCUUCUCAAUACAUAAUUUGUGGAGGAAGACUAUAUCGAAGGUCACACUGUGGAGUGCAUAA